AGUUCUUCGGGUUCUGUUGAACGCUGCGGUCGCAUUGAUCUUGGGCGCUCGCAACAAUUUACUCAACUUCUGCAUUCUCGUCGUUCUACGCGGGCGGCGCUGCGCAUGCGAAAGAAGGGCGCGUAAAGAAAGUGCAAGUGCAAUUGCAAGAAUAACGGAAUCAUAAAACAAAAUAAACAACAAUAAUAUUUAAGCAAGCUCAUCAAAGUGCUACGUAAAAGUCGAAACGCAAAUGAAGGCAAUUCAAGUAUAAAUAUUUAAGAAAAAUUCAAAAAGUUUCUGUGUGGUUUUUGUGCGCUGACAGCAAUAUUUAACCGAUAUUUUAUUUUCUCACUUGCGCAAUUUCCAUUUUACCCGCCUCUGACAAAAAAAAAUCAGAUAUUUUGUUUAUUUUACAUUAUCGAUUGCCGGGCUCUCAUUUACCCAACUUGGCUACCAACGCCGCCGACGCUUAUCAGCCAGGCAAAGGCAGCGUUCGAUAGCCACUAAGCCGGAGUAAAUAGAGUUCCGAGACCCGAGUCCAUUAGCGUAUGCCCAAAAAAGGCACAUUUCUUCGUUAUUUAUUGCAUUUUAAAUAUUUGGACUGCUCAACUGAUAAAAAAAAUAUGCCCACACACAGCGGCAGCAAGGUGCAGCAGUAGAGCUACUACACCCACGCUUCCGCCCACCAUGAGUAGCCUGCGGCCCGCAAGUGUCUGCGAUACGACGCCGCUGCAGCGCUUCGAGAGCCAAAGCAGCAGCGGCGAGGAGCCAUCUUCGCCAACAGCGGCGAGUAUCAUAGCAGCCGCCGCAGCAGCAGCGUCCACCUCAAACUCCCCACACCAACACCAACACCAACAACACCAACACCACCACAACAACAACAACAACAAUAUCAACAAGAAUGUAAAAGUUGAUUUACAGCUGCCAGCGUUUGUUGGGGCUGGAGUGGGUGGAGCAGGCACUGGAACAAUUGUCAUAAUGCCGCGCGCUCGCGGCACAGCUCACAUCUUUGGACGCAUCGCCAUGGACCUGAGCCUGCUCAGCUGCGUCGGCUUGACUAUGCUCGCCUUCUCGUUGUGGUGUGAACCGAUCAGGCGCGGAUUCUUCUGCGAUGAUCUCUCGCUGAUGCAUCCCUACAAGGAAUCAACUAUACGCAGCUGGAUGCUCUAUCUGAUGUGCGCAGCGCUGCCCGUUUCUCUGAUUCUACUGGUGGAAUUCUACAGGGCGCAGGACAGGCCAAAGUACGGCAGCAGCAGCAGCGGCUACUAUCUGUGCCACAUGGAGCUGCCGCAAUGGCUGCUGCAGUGCUAUCGCAGGAUUGGCGCCUUUGUGUUCGGUUUGGGCGUGGAGCAGCUCACCACGGACAUAGCCAAAUAUGCCAUUGGUCGACUGCGGCCGCACUUCUUUGCACUCUGCCAGCCGGUGCUCCGCGACGGCACCAGCUGCAACGAUGUGAUCAAUGCCGGUCGCUAUAUCGAGGACUUUCAGUGCACGGCAUCCAGCCUGAGCGCCAAGCGAUUGAAGGACAUGCAUCUCUCCUUUCCCAGUGGCCAUGCCAGCUUUGCCUGCUACUCCAUGGUCUAUCUUGCGAUCUACUUGCAGCGUCGCAUGCACUGGUCGCGCCUCAAAAUGUUGCGCCAUUUGUUGCAGUUCCUGCUGCUCCUGUUCGCCUGGUACACGGCACUAACGCGCGUCUCCGACUACAAGCACCAUUGGUCCGAUGUCCUGGCCGGCUCAGCAAUUGGCCUCACCUACGCCCUGCUGGUGACGUCGAUCAUUUGGUAGACGGGCCCAAUCGGAACAACUCUCAUCGAUUUCAGCUGCUUUUAGUUAUCGUCUCUAUAUGUACAACUAUUUAAUCAGCUAUAGCCUACUAAUGUACAUAAACUACUUAUGUACAAUGUACACUGUCUUUGUGUGUGUCUUUGACUUUAGUUUUACUUAAUAAAAUUUUGCUAGUGUAUGUUUAAAA